AUGAUAAGUGACAGCAAAUUAUUUGUUUCAGAGGAAGAGGAUGCUAAUGUAGAAUCAUUUGAGAAUAUGGAUAUCGAUAUGGGAACUGACGAAAGAAGGCCUGUUUCUGAUAAUGAUAAUGAUGACGAUGAAGAUCCUGUUAUCCAAGAAUUUCCUUUGAAUCUUGCUGGGACUUCCGAAAACUUACAUAUAUUCCAGUUUGCCAACAAGGCUAAACUGAUAGGAAAGAAAGCUGCCGAACAUCCUUUCAUCGCCGCUGCCAGAUACAAGAAUAAAUCAGCACUUUGGGAAUUAGAUAUUCCAUUAGACGAAAACUCGUUCUUUAAUAAAGACAAAUCUGAAGGAUCAUGGGAUAAGGCCAAUAUUCAAACAUUGAAAGGGGUUGGUGUCAAAAAUGACGGACAAUAUGUUGCAUUUGUUGCUAACGGCGAAGUGUAUAUGGCUCCUGUGAAGACAGUGGCUCAAUUAAGACCCUUCUUUAAAUAUAUAGACUCCGCAGCUCAAGAAAGGAGACAGGAAGAAUACAAGCAAAAUGCGAACCCUCAAAGUCAAAGGGCCCAAGUUGUUACAAUGUCCGUAAAAAGUGUAAGUGAUCAAGCAAACAAUCGAUUAACUGGUUCUUUGCUGGCACAUAAGAUCGCUGAUGAGGAGGAUGCCACUGAAUUGGAAUGGAUUGAAAGUACGUUUGAACAAUAUAAAGAAGGAAUAAUGACAGAAUCGAAAGAAGCCAUAUUGAAACCACUGGACAAAGAUGAAGAUUACUUGUCGAAGUUACUUUGA